UUCUGUCAUUUGUUCGUGCUGUUUUAGCUGAGCUGGACUCUAAAACUGUAGUUAGCUUGCUGGCUAGCGAGCUAGAAAAAUAGCUAGGAGAUGAGCGCUUCCCGGCAGAUAAAACAGCUGCAGAAGGCCAAAAGUAAGGCGCAGAGCACCAGCAACUUGAAAGAGGAGGCCAGCUUGUGCAACCAGCUUGGGGAGGUUCUGGCUAAAAAUGGCGAUUUCCAUGCAGCGAUCGAGGAGCACCGUCAGGAGCUGGCCUUGUCUGAAGUGCUGCGUGAUGUGAUUGGCUGUGCUGUGGCUAAUCGGAAGAUAGGAGAAUGCUUUGCCGAGCUCGGCAACUUUGUGGAAGCGUUGAAGCACCAACAUCGUCACCUGGACCUGGCUCGCUCAGUCAGUGAUGCGGCAGAGGAGCAGAGGGCGCUGGCCACCAUUGGCCGAACCUUCCUGUUCCGUUACGAAUCUGACCAAUCGCAGGACAGCCUGAGGCAGGCGGAGGAGGCUUUCAGGAAGAGCCUGGCCAUUGUCGAUGACCGUCUGCAAGGUGUGGUGCCGUCCCACGAGCUCAGUGAGAUGCGGGCACGGCUGUACCUCAACCUGGGCUUUGUGUACGAUGGGCUGAAGGACGCACAGCGAUGCACCGACUUCAUCCGCCGGAGCAUCUUCAUCGCAGAGAAGACCCAGCUUCUAGAAGACCUGUACCGCGCCAAGUUCAACCUCGGUCGCAUCCACUUCCGCAACGGGCAGCACUCCAACGCCGUGCGCUGCCUGGAGCAGGCCAAGGAGUGCGCCCGGAAGAUGAAGGACCGGUUCUGCGAGAGUGAGUGCUACAGCAGCAUUGGCCAGGUGCUGUUGUCUCUGGGCGACUUUGUUGCGGCUCGGCGCUCCCUUAAGAAAGCCUUCACUCUGGGCUCCCAGCAGCCUGCAGACCGGGAGGUUGUAAAGAGAGCUCUGAAACAUGCGAUCCAGGGCUGUCGGCUGGAGCAGGCACUCUCUGAGCUGGGGGAUGGAAAGCCGCAGGAGGCCGUUGGGCUGUCGGAGCAGCUGGGAGACCUGUACUGCAAGGUGGGCUGCUACAGCAAGGCCCUGGACGCCUACCGAUCUCAGCUGUCCAGCGCAGUGGCUCUUGGGAAGCCAGCCCGGGAGCUUGCCGUGAUCCAUGUUUCCCUGGCGGCCACCUACACUGACCUCCGCCAGCAUCAGAAAGCUGUGGAACAUUACAGACAGGAGCUUGCCCUGAGGCAGAACAACCCCAAAGAGGAAUGUGAGUCGUGGCUGAACAUUGCUGUAUCUGAGGAGGAGAGUGGGCAGAGCCUGGAGGAGCUGGACAGCUGCUACAGAACAGCCCUUCAGUGUGCAGAGAGAACAGGACUCCCUAAACUGCAGCGGCAGGUACUUAGGGCGUGGCAUGCUGCCCAGCAACGAAGAGGCUCCUCCCAAUGUGAUGACACAGCCUUUCGGCUCCAGGAGCUGUGUGAGGCAGAGGGGGGGAGCGACGGAGAGGAGGAGGAGGAAGAGGAGAACAGCGAGCCACUGGAAGACAGUGACAUUGAGCUUUCUGACUCAGAUGAGGACCUCGAGGAGUAUGACAAGAUGGUCCCAGGCCGAAGGAAGACGGGUCGGUGGAACCGGAGAAACGAGAAGGGCGAGACAUCUCUGCACCGAGCCUGCAUCGAGGGAAACCUGAGGCAGGUCCAGUGCCUGGUGGACCAGGGUCACCCUAUCAAUCCCAGAGAUUACUGUGGCUGGACCCCACUGCAUGAAGCCUGUAACCAUGGCCACUAUGAUAUCGUGGAUCUGCUGUUGAAUCGGGGGGCCAAUGUGAACGACCCUGGGGGCCAACACUGUGAGGGCGUGACCCCUCUGCACGACUCCCUCUCUUGUGGACAUUUUCAGGUGGCCCGACUGCUGGUGGAGAGGGGCGCCUCUGUCACCCUCAAGAACAAAAAGGGUGAGACCCCCCUGGACAGCCUGCGUCAGUGGCUGAAGAUGUACAGCAGAGAUCUGGACCAGGAGACACGGAGCGAAUGCAUCAAGACUGAGAGAGCGCUAAAGAAAGCCGCCACAGAGAGAGUGCCUGCAGCUCCGGCGGCAGAGAGGCCCUUCGACGUCCUGCUGGACAGCCAGCUGUUUGACGCAGAGAACUCCGAGCCGCUGGUGCCCUCCGGGGGGCGCCGCUCCUCCGACCAGGGCCUUCAGAGGGCCGGGAGUGGGGAAGGAAGCGCGUUAUCACCCAGGCCACCGAGGAGGCGCUCCGCUGGCCAUCAACGCGGAACGGAGCAGGCCGUUCUGUAUGGGGUAUGAAGCAGCUCCUCCUCAGAGCACGGCGACUCUGAUGGCGCAAUUAGCCCCUUACGCCCCGUCAGGCCUCGCCAACGUUUCCCAGCGUCCCCUCCCCCUCCGGCCGCACCUCUCAGCCCAUGCCGUCCUGCGCCCACGGCGAGAGACGCCACAGUGCCCCCUGUCUGUGAAGCGAAGGAGUACCACAGUGCCAUGCGCGGCCUGGGUAGUGCCAAGACCCGCCUCCUCGCUCAGGGCCUAUCAGAGCUUGAGUGCAGUGGCAUGCCGUCGUCUUUGACCAGUGGCAGGUCAGCACUGGUCCCAGAGGAGGAGUACAUGGCAGACGAUUGGCUCGAGGAUGACCUGGGCGAGGCUCAGCCCAAGAAGAGGCGGAGAGUUGGUACAGCACAGGAUGGGUGGCGGGAGGCGGGACCUUCAUCAUCAGCGAGAAGCCAGAGUCACCGCACUGUGUCUCCGGAGCCUGCACCUAGAGGUACUCACACACCCUCUGACUCACUCACUGACACACACACACACACACACACAAAGGCAGCCUCGAAGUCCCGGCAGGUAAAGAUGACACAGCUGUCUGGGAUGGUGAUGUUGGGCCGGAGGGAGGUGAGCCGACCUCAGAGCCCCACGACGGAGGAGCCCACUCUCUCAUAUCCCUCACAGCCUCCAGCUUCAUCGCAGAGUGUCGGAGCUCCCUUGCUGGCUCCAAUCAGAAUGAGGGUCAGAGUUCAGGACAAUGUCUUCCUGAUUCCGGUUCCACACAGUGAGGCGGACACCUGCACUGUGUCCUGGCUGUGUGAACAGGCUGCCAAACGGUACUACCAAGCCUGUGGGCUCCUGCCACGCCUCUCCCUGCAGAAAGAGGGCGCUCUUCUCUCCCCCACCGACCUGUUGCUCUCUGUGCUCCACACCAACGAGGAGGUGUUGGCAGAGGUGUGCUCCUGGGAUCUUCCCCCACUCCCUGAACGCUACAAGAAGGCCUGUCAGAGUCUGGCUACAGGUGAGAACAGGCUGCUGCUACGUCUGUGUGAGGUUCAAGACGGCAGCCCCUCCAUUUCGGUGUGUGGACUCGGCCUGCCCCCUGCCUCCCUCGCCCCCUUGCUCCGCGCCCUCAAACUGCAGUCAAACCUCACUCAGCUCCGCCUGUCUGGCAACCGUCUCCACGACGACCUCAUGCCAGAGCUCGUAUCUGCGGUCACCACCAUGCCCAAGCUCCAGCUACUGGAUGUAUCUGCCAAUCAGAUCACAGGGGAGGGGCUGAAGAAGGCUGCGUCAACUUUGGAGGGGCGGAGUCAGCCAGCGUUUCCGUGUCUUGAGGAGCUGGUGCUGAGCGUUAACCCUUUAGGAGACGGUGUGUCACAGGCUUUGUCCAGCCUGCUGUCGGCCUGCCCCCUGCUGGCCAGUCUGUCGCUGCAGGGCUGUGGCCUCACCGCCCGGGUCCUCCAGCAGCACCGCCUUCAGCUGGCCUGUGCGCUUUCGAGUACAGGUCACCUGAGGUCGGUGUGUCUAUCCCACAAUGCCCUGGGCUCCACAGGGUUUGAGCUGGUCCUGAAAACCCUGCCCCUCCACUGCCUCACGCACCUUUACCUCUCGGCCGUCCGCGGAGGGCCGGCUGACCCCCCCAUCACGGACCACCUCACUGCCCUCCUGUCACAGGAGGAGUGCACCCUCACUCACCUCAGCCUGGCUGGGAAUGGGCUGACGGACUCUGACCUCGCCUCCCUCGCCAGGUGUCUGCCAGUCUGUCCCUCCCUGGUGUCUCUGGACCUGUCAGGGAACCCUGCCGUGACUUCUGCUGGGUUGGAGAGCAUCCUGGAGGCUCUGAAGAAAGCAAAGCGGUCUCUGACCCUGCUCAACCUGCAGGGCUGUCAGGUGGCAGGACCGUGGGAGUCUUCGACUGUGGACGGCCUGUCCUCGUGUGUCCAGGACCUGCGGCUCUGCUCCCAGGGGCUCAACAAGUUGGAUCGACGGGCCCUGCUGCAGAGCUGGCAGGGUCGGCGAGCCAGUGUCCUGUCCCGAAACGCCAAGUGUCUGCUCAGGGCUGCCCCCGUGCUGUGA